AUGAGUGCAGUUAACGAGAAUGGGGAUCGAACAAACGAAGAUGUUUCGUCAUCAUCUGAUCAAUUGAAGGGAUGCACGUCGAAAGAAGAAUCUGACUUGAUAUUGCGUAUUCGUCGAACAGUUCUUCAUUUAGAAGAAGAAUCAUCAAAUGAUCGUUCAUCACCAAAAAACGAUGGAAAUACAUUAUCAGCUGCUACAUUAGACUUCAAAAGUGAACGUGCGAAGCAAAAAUAUGCUGCCGGCAGUCUUGAAGAAGCAUUUUACGAAUGUUGGAAAAUACCACAAGAGCAACGUCCAUUAGAAAUCUGGAAGUUAGGUGGCGAAUGUUGUAAAAAGUUACGUGUUUUUGCUGUAGCACAACGUUGGUUUUCUGAAGCCAUUCAUGUUUGUCGCUCGAAUAAUAGUGAUUUAAAUGUUAAACUUGAACAAGCGCGAAUUGCUCGACUCUUCAACAAUUAUCUCACACAAUAUCCAACCAUUGAUAUACGCGUUGAUCAUCGUGGCAAAGGAAUCUAUGCGAAACGUGUGAUCUCGCCAGGCGAAGAUGUUUUCACUGACAUUCCUAUCGUCCAUGCACAAACUGUUGAUACGCUGUCAAUAUCUCCAGCUUGUCCUACAUGCACAAUAUCGUUACUGACUCCACCCGUUUAUUUCGAAGCAACAUGGUCACGUAUGCCAGACAAACUACAACGAUAUAUUGAAGAGCAAUGGCCACCAAUUACAAUUGUUCCGUGUCCACACUGUCCAUUUGAACAGUAUUGUUCGGAACGAUGUCGUGAUAGAGCUUGGAAGAGUUACCAUCGACUUUUGUGUCCAUCAGUCAAUCCUGAAACAACGGAACUCUAUCACUUUUGCGCUAACCGACAGAUUAUUGUACGCGACACAUGGAAUUCAAUAUUUUCACCGAUGAUUUUAGCGAAACUAGUUACAAUGAUCAUUCUCAGUAUUGUUGAAUCCGUUCAGAAUGAAACUACAAGCAACGGUAUUGAUUUAAGUCAACCGCAUCUCACUGAUCAAACUGAUGAUGGUCCAUUGGAGCAUGCCAAAGAAACUUUUUCAGAAUUUAUCUCAUCAGGCGAUGCAACUUAUGUUCAUACGAUUCCUCGUAUGCUCAAAAUUAUGCAAAAUAUCUUCAGUCAUUCAUCUAUGCCAAUACACUAUGAAUUUAAUGAACAAGAAUUCGUUCAUCGAUUUUAUCAGAUAGCAUGCAAUGCUCAAAGCUUCUCAUCUCCUGUGUACGCCACAACAAUCUAUACCAAGUUUCUAGCUAACAUUCGACAGCGCGGAAAAGCUGCCUUAUAUCAAGUCUUACAACCUUUUCUCAAAGGCGAACCUGUCGAUCAGGUUUUCGGUGGUCUCUUUCCGCUUCAAUCGUCAUUGAACCAUUCAUGUGACAAUUCUUGCGAGAUUAUGGAUUGUCAAGUUACGCCAGAAGUUGCUGGAAUUAAAGUUCGUUGCAAACAUCAACUAAAACCAGGCGAUGAAUUAACAAUUAACUAUGUUGAUUUAGCACUUGGACGUCGUGCACGUCGGGCUAUGCUCAAGCGCGCUUAUAACUUCUGGUGCGAAUGUCAACGAUGCGCGUUUGAAGGUGAUGAUGCGUAUUCAUGUACAGAAUGUAAAACUCUCUCACCAGUUAUUGACAAUCCGAAUUCGACUAUUACGAAUGAGAAUAUACCAUAUCGCAAACCAUUUCCAGCUUGUAGUCGAUGUCGAAACGCAUGGUAUUGUUCAGCAGCCUGUCAAAAACAAGCAUGGAAACAAGGACAUAAGCUUAUAUGUCGAGAUUGGACGAAAGAGAGAAGUUCAUCAUCAGCAAAUUGA